CCUCGCUGCACUAACCUGGAAGCGGAAGGACCCGGGAGGAAGGUAGGCGUGGCCUACGUAGGGGCGGUUAGAGGGAGGAGCCUCUUCCUAUAGAGCCGCGCGGCGGCGGGAGCGGAGUCGGCUGUCUCCAGCGCUGUACCGCCCCGCCAUGGAUGGGCUACAGAACAGCGCGGCGCUGCUGCGGCGCGGGCCCGGGAGGCGCCGGCGUCAGCCGCAGCUUCGCGGUGGGUCGGUCUUGGCCCUGCCCUUGCGACCCCGGAAGAUCCGAAGGCACCGGAAAAGUGCGGCGUCCCGCGUGGCCGCGCUGAGGGCUCGCGCGCUGCCGAGCGGGGACGCGGACUCGGACUCAAAGGUGGAGCCGGCCGCGGGCGAGCGGGAGGGGCCUGCGGAGCGGCGGGAGAGCUCGCGGCCGGCCGAGCCGCGCCGCGGGGAGGGGCGGGCCGCACGCUCCCGAGACCCGUGGACCCCGGUUGGGCUCCCGGGCCCGCACGUGAAUGGCGCGGAGGGGCCCUGGGACUCGCCGCUGCGGCAGGUGUUGACGGAACUGGACGGCGUCCCCAGCAGCCGGAGGCGCGCCGCCCGCCUCUUCGAGUGGCUCCUGGCGCCCAUGCCUCCCGACCACUUCUACCGGCGCCUGUGGGAGCGGGAGGCGGUGCUGGUGCGGCGGCAGGACCGCAACUACUACAAAGGCCUGUUCUCGACUGCCGAGUUGAACUCGAUUCUGCGCCACCAGGACGUACACUUCGGGCAGCACCUGGACGCCGCGCGCUACGUCGACGGGAGGCGGGAAACCUUGAACCCUCCGGGCCGCGCUCUUCCCGCCACCGCGUGGUCCCUCUACCAGGCCGGCUGCUCCUUGCGCCUUCUCUGCCCGCAGGCUUUCUCCUACACCGUGUGGAAGUUUCUGGCCAUGCUCCAGGAACAGUUUGGAAGCAUGGCCGGCUCCAACGUCUACCUCACGCCCCCCAACUCACAGGGCUUUGCUCCCCACUACGACGACAUCGAGGCUUUCGUGUUGCAGCUGGAAGGCCGGAAGCUCUGGCGUGUCUACCGACCGCGGGACCCAAGUGAGGAGCUCGCUCUGACUUCUAGCCCCAACUUCAGCCAGGAGGACCUUGGUGAGCCGGUGCUACAAACCGUGCUGGAACCUGGAGACCUGCUUUAUUUUCCUCGGGGCUUCAUUCACCAAGCUGAAUGUCAGGACGGAGACCACUCCCUGCACCUCACCCUGUCCACCUACCAGCGCAAUACAUGGGGUGACUUCUUGGAGGCUUUACUGCCCCUGGCAGUGCAAGCAGCAAUAGAGGAAAACGUGGAGUUCCGCAGGGGCCUGCCUCGAGACUUCAUGGAUUACAUGGGGGCCCAACAUUCAGACUCCAAGGAUCCUAGAAGAACAGCUUUCAUGGAAAAGGUGAGGGUCUUGGUUGCUCGCCUGGGACACUUUGCUCCUGUCGAUGCUGUGGCUGACCAGAGAGCCAAAGACUUCAUCCACGAUUCCCUGCCCCCUGUGAUGACUACUAGGGAAACGGCACUGAGUGUUCACGGGCUCCCAAUUCGCUGGGAGGAUGGAGAACUUGUAGAUGUGGGGGCCCAGUUGACAACAGAAACAGAAGUCCAUAUGCUUCAGGAUGGCAUAGCCCGGCUGGUGGGUGAGGGAGGCCGCUUGUUCCUCUACUACACGGUGGAAAACUCUCGCGUUUACCAUCUGGAGGAGCCCAAGUGCUUGGAGAUCGACCCACAGCAGGCUGACGCCAUGGAACUCUUGCUUCGCUCCUACCCAGAGUUUGUGAAAGUAGGGGAUUUGCCCUGUGACAGUGUGGAAGACCAGCUUUCCCUGGCAACCACGCUGUAUGAUAAGGGGCUGCUGCUCACCAAGACACCUCUGGGUCUUGAAUUAGUUUCUUGAGGAUGGCUGGAAAGAAUGCAGUGUUGUCCACCACCACCACCACCUUUUUUUUUUUCUUAAGUCAUGUUCUUACCUUGCUAAGCAUCAGUAUGGUUACGGGUUUUUUUACCUUUGUGACUGCUUCGGUGUCACAAAACUCAAAUCUUCUUACAGGAGGAGCCUCUUCAUCUAGGUACAAAAGUAAACAGAAAUUGGAUCGGGGCAAAAAGCUGUGUCUGCAGAAGCAACAGCUCUUGUCAUUUCAGAGCACCAACCUCAUUCAUUCCCUGCAAGCUCCAGUGUAUUGUGUGGCAUUGGCUGUGUCAUCCUGCUUGAGACAUUAGGGAUUUCUUUUUAUUUAUAUUUUUGGUUUUUCAAGACAGGGUUUCUCUGUAUUGCUUUGGAGGCUGUCCUGGAACUCGCUCUGUAGACCUGGCUGGCCUCGAACUCACAGAGAUCCGCCUGCCUCUGCCUCCCGAGUGCUGGGAUUAAAGGCAUGUGCCACCAGUGCCGGGCUGAGACAUCAGGGAUUUUUAUAUGGAAGUUACAUCUUUGCGUUCUCUUAAAUCAGUUUGUGGGGCAGGAUGGGGCCAAUAUCCUGUGCUAUGUUUGUAUGAAUGUAAAAAGAAAGUUUGUAUGAACAUUAGAAGAUUUAUUAAAAAGUGCCAAAGACCA